UUCACGCCCUCCUCCCUUCGAUCCCGUUUGCGCGAUUCUUUACUUGAUUAAUCAUGCACCGUGCAUGUGGUGCGAUCGGGUACUGUGUGUGGGUUUCGUGCAUCUGCACGGGUUACUGCAACCCAUCCACUGCGUAGAAGGCGAUCUAGACCCACUGACAAAUGCCAAUAGUGAGCCAAGAAGAACGGCGAAUCCAGCGUGCUUAGUAACCAAAAUGGCUCCUGACGCAAAUGGCACGGCCCUGUACAGCGAGAACAACAACCGGCACGAAAAGCUGCAAGAGCAGACUCCUCUGAGAAAUGGAUCCCGGUUGGCAAGCUCGAAAGCAACCCGUCCAACUGCGAAUGGUGGCCCGGUGACCAGCAACAACUGCCCACCGGUAGACGAAGAUCGAUCCGCCCGGCAAUCGCUCAUCAUUCUUGCGGCCAUCUUUUUCACCAGCCUGUUCGCGAUGCUGUACGUGUACGCAAUGUUUCCUCAGCUGGAAGAGUCGGAGAAACAGUAUCUUAAGGUACCGUUUGAUAUUGAAGAUGCCAAGCAGCUGGGACGAGUCCUCGAUCGCUACAAGGAUCUGUACAACCUCGAAGUGAUGUUUGGCAUUAUCCUGGUGUACAUAUUCCUGCAAACAUUUGCCAUUCCUGGUUCGUUGUUCCUAUCGAUUCUAAGCGGAUUCCUGUACAGUUUCCCGGUUGCGCUUACGCUCGUCUGCUUCUGCUCAGCCUUGGGAGCCACCCUGUGCUAUCUGCUUUCGCAGCUGGUCGGUCGAAGGCUAGUGAAGUACUACUUCCCGGAUCGGGCCCAUCACUGGGCACAACAGGUCGACCGGCAUCGGGACGAUCUGCUGAGCUACAUGCUCUUCCUGCGCAUGACUCCGUUUCUGCCGAACUGGUUCAUCAACCUAGUCGCGCCGGUUAUCGGCGUACCGCUGUACCCGUUCGCCUUAGGUACGUUCCUUGGAGUGGCACCGCCCUCCUUCAUCGCCAUUCAAGCCGGCAAGACGCUGUACAAGAUGACUAGCUCGAGUGAUGCCUUCAGCUGGGGCUCCAUCACGAUGCUUGCCGCCUUCUCCGUCGUAGCGCUGGUGCCGGUCAUCUUUAAGCGAUACUUCAAGACAAAGAUCGAUUAAGCCGGAUCCACUUGUGCGCCAUUCUUCAGAAUAUGCUGGUUGGAGCUUCGGCCUAUGUUCAGUUCAUGUUGGGCACAUUAUUGGAUUCGCACUGUGCCAGCUGCCGGCCAGCUUCACCGAGCAUCUGAACCCUCCUUCACGGUGUCUCUAAGUUAGCUUAUUAUUAUCGCCAAAGAAAAAAAAAUUAAGUUAAUAACUCCGCGCACGGCGAGUUCGCAAUGGUAUACCUGUACACAUUGACCCUUUAUUUACCUACUCAGCAGUACGCGCAUGAUACGCAACACGUGCUCUGAAACACUCACAGUAAGUUCACGCUAGGAAUUGUAUAUCUAUGUGCAGGAUUUAGGCGUCAGAGGUACUAUUAUAGCCAGCGAUAGGGCACGUGACUCGAAACGCGUAUUAAGAGAAUAAACAGAAAUAAAGUUGGUAUUGUAAAGGGUGCGGUAGGACAAGAUUAGGCAACGGCUGCUUAAAUAUUCUUGCUUCAACAAGGAAACACGUGCACUAAAAAGCGCAGCAUCUUUGACUCCGGAAUAAAAGAAGUAAGAACGACCAUAAAUAAUAAUAAGAAGCCUUUAAUGAAGCUAGGUGGUGUUCAGCUUGCUUAAUGGCGAAUUUAUAUUUUGUUUCAAACAAAGCCGUUUAGCUCAUUCUAAUACCUUCUGUUUUCAUAGAAUGCGAAACACUGGAGCAUUUGUAUGAUGGUUUCAUAGCCACCUGGAAAAUUUGAGUUGCCAAGAACGGCAUAAUAACGAGGCAGAAUCCACAGCUCCAUCUACCAGAGCGGCAUACUGGUAACGAAAAGAUUAUUAGGUGUUUCGUAAUCAUUUAUAUGUGAUGUACUCCUAAUGAUUCAUGUCAUAAACCGCAAACAACGCGUUAAAACUGGCUAAGUGAAAUAAAAAACCUGGUAAGAAAUAGGAAUGAUCGAGCGUUAUGCGAAAUGGGACGCAAAAAACUAAACAGUAAGCACUUAAUGUUAUAUGUUUUAAUCCGGCCUGCAAUAUGUAAGUGCCCAAGGAAUAGCUAAUGUAAUUUAAAAUGAUUUGGCCCACAAUUGAAUUCAACUUUUAGUUUAAUAAAACAGAAACGAAUGAUAAAGUGAGAGAUAAUGAUGAAAUAGAGAUAAAACCGAAUGAUACAUACAUAAAACACACAAGUCAUUAAACGUUUACCGGCUUUUGUAGCAAUAGUCAAAUACAUAAUGAUAGCUAGGUGAUAAUUUACUGGAUGGAAUAAAGAACUGGUAUGUUUGUUCGA